AUGUUGGAAUCGUCACACAUAUCCCUCGACGAGUUCGGCGUCUCAUUGCAUAAUGGCUUUUUGCCCAGUGAACAGCCCCUGCGGCGACUUUCAGAUCCUUAUUAUGCCCCAUGGGAAGCAGUUAUGACAGACUUGCCAGCACUUAUACAAACGGAACGCAUCCGACAAGAAGUGUUGAGCUUACCCGUGCUUUCGACAGAAAAGCUCAACCAGGAAGCCGAGUGGCAACGAGCAUAUCUUAUCCUUGCGUUUUUAACACAUGCCUACAUUUGGGGCGGAACACAACCUGAAGGUGUACUCCCACCUCCUAUUACAAGCCCCUUUCUGCAAGUCUGUGAUCGCUUGGAACUGCCUCCCUGUGCGACAUAUGCAGCCCUGAACCUCUGGAAUUUUGCUUCGACGACUGGAGGCGAGGUAGAUCUCACCAACCCGGACAACCUUGUACUCGUCAACUCUCUCACCAAUACCGACGAUGAGCGCUGGUUCCUGGUCAUAUCUGUCGCGAUGGAAGCAUGCGGCGCCAAAAUGAUUCCGCUGAUUUUAAAUGGAAUCAACGCCGCGGGGAUUGACGAUAGAGAUAGCGUCGUUCGAAUCCUGAAUGGGAUGACGGCCUGCAUAGACGAGUUGGGUUGCUUGCUAGAGAGAAUGUACGAGAGAAACCGGCCCACAGUAUUUUACCACCAAAUUCGUCCAUUGUUGGCAGGAUCCAAGAACAUGGCUGGUGCGGGAUUGCCAAAUGGUGUUUUUUAUGAUGUUGGGGACGGUAAGGGAAACUGGCGUCAGUAUAGCGGUGGAAGCAAUGCGCAAAGCUCAUUGAUUCAAAUGUUUGAUAUUGCUUUGGGCAUUGAGCAUAUCGCCAGUGGCGAGGUUGCAAAUAAGGAAGCUGGACAUAGGGCGUUCAUGAAGGAAAUGAGAAACUACAUGCCCGGUCCCCAUCGCCGGUUUCUUGAAUAUCUUGGGAAGAUCACCAACAUUCGGACAUACGCCAUGAGUCUCCCCGCGUCUUCUGACGUGAGACAGGCCUAUAACAUGGUUGUCAUGAAACUGGGUGGCUUUCGCGAUAAGCACAUUCAGAUAGUCACCAGAUAUGUCAUCAAUCCAGCAAAACAGUCCCGCAUGCGACAAAACGACAAAGCCGUGUCUGGUUCUGUCCAGAGAGUGAAUUUGGCUUCAGCCACGUCACGAUCUACUGAAAGCGUUAAUUCUAUCUCAUCGACGUCGCCAGAGCUGUCAGUCAAGUCAGCAGCAAGCUCGAUAACUUCGGUUUCUGACUCCGAGGUCUCGGAGCAGCCCUCUUUUACAGAAAUCAGUGAAGACAGGAUCUUUUAUGGAACUGGUGGUACUGCCUUGAUACCUUUUCUGAAGGCAACGAGAGACGAGACUAAAGCUGCAGCUCGAAAUGUUGCUGUGGAAGACGAAAGAAGAAAGCAGCAGUUCAAGCCUUCUAGCGGCCUUCUAGAAGGAACAGCAGAGCUCCCGCGCACGGACGCCCGACUCGCCAUCUCCGGCCGUCGCUUCGCUUCUCCUCCGCCGUCCUCUUCCCCUGCUCAACGCCACGUUACGACAACUCGCCAUAGGUUUUUGUCGUUUUGUUUCCCCCUCAAGAUGGCCGACGUUUUCAAGAACAUAUUCGGUGGUGCUGCCCCAUCUGGCGCUUCCCAGGGCGACGAUGAUUUCGCCGAUUUUGCCGGUGCCCCUGACCCAGUGCCUGUCCCUCUGACAACGUCCGGAUUUGCUCCAGACGCUGCCAUAACCGGAGGUGCCAACGCUCCCUUUACCAAGUGGUAUCGCGUUUGGGAGCGGACGAGCCCGAGCGAUUUCUGGCAAGAGGCAUUCGUUCUUCCAUUCCUCAUCUUUAUCAUCGCAUUCCACUUCUGGGGCACGCGCAAGAACAGGAGAAAGGCCAAGGCAUGGGCGAUUUCUCAUUCUCCCGUGCUCCAGAGCGAAUUCGCGGUGGUUGGGUACAGCGGUAUCGCCCAUGGGGCUUCGACUGAGGGUGUUGAAUCCGAGCUCGUCGACCCCGAGAAGUUGUUGAAGGAGAAGACCGCGCAGGAGUUUCAGUCCUAUGCAACUGGUCGCCAGAACAUCGCUUUCCUAGACGUGUCUAUCAAGCUUGUCAAGCGAUACAACCCGAUCGUUUUCAUCGUGGACACCGUCUUGGGCCUUUUCUUCGAGAGCUUCCCCCCACCAGUUGAGCGGGUCGAGUCCACUCUGUAUACUUUCGAUGGCAAGGAGAAGGACCUCGUCCCCGCGCCAGCUGGAGACGCUUCCUCGAUCAAGGCCCCCAAUUCUACUUAUGAUGGAUUUAUCUGGGCUAUCGUGCACAAAAACGCCAUGCGCCGACUCCGUGUUGACCGAUACGAUGCCUCGAUCACCUUUACCAAGGAAAACCCCAAGCUCCCCAGCUGGGUUACCGUGAUGACCGAGAGUGCCGAGAUUACCGAUCUCCUCCUCACGCCCGCAUUGAUCAAGGCUAUUGAAGAAGCCGGUGACGAUCUCGAGUAUUUGAUCAUUAGCGACCAGCCUGUCGACAGGCCUGUCAAGUGCGUUUUCCCCUUUUUUUUUUUUUUUUUUUUUUAUCUCUCUCCUGCUUUUCUCCAGUAAAAGCAAACUAACAAAUUGCUUAAAACAAACAGACUCGAAGAAACAGUACCCAAAAAGCGAAUCCAGCUAUCCCUCCGCCUCCCCUCAGGCGGCUACGAAUCCACUCUCGCUCUGUACCGCUACUUCCUGCGUCUCCCCGACACCCUCGUCUCGUCUGCGCACUUCCGUCCCGAAGUCUCACGCAAACUGCGCAACACCCGCGACGAAGAGAUUCGCCGCCUGCGCAAGCUCGACGAAGAAGAGAAAGCCGAAGAGCGCAAGAUUGCCGCAGAGAAGAUUAAAAAGGAUGAGCGCGAGCGUGUGUUGCGUGGUAUGAGUGCGGAAGAGCAGAGGAAGUAUCUUGAGAGGGAGAAGGAGAAGGAGCAGAGGAAGUUGUUGAAGAAGAGUUCUCGACGGGGGUAGAAUUUUUUCUUCUUUCUUCUUCUUUUCUCUGGGAGAGUAGAAUCUUAAUGUUUAUUUUAAAACGCUGGGGAGGAGGAAUGGUGGGUUUUAUUUUUUGUCUUCUUAUUGUAUAAUCAUAAAAUGAACGAAAUAGAAGAGACUGCCGGCACAUCAAGUGCAUAUUAA